CUGCCAGUAGCCGGAACGCAGAUCGAGACUGGAGAAGUACUCGGCACCCUGCAGGGAAUCCAAGGCAUCGUCUAUUCGCGGCAUAGGAUGCAGCAAGAAAUGCAGCCUGAGCCCGUGUUCCUGCCAUACCCGCCUGGAGGGGUCGACAUCCAUGCACUGGCACCGGCGCCCCCUUCCGGCUUUUCCCAGAUAAGCACGGCCGGUGGUAGGCCACCCUUGGACUCCAAAUACCAGGACACUGGAUUUGCCGGCGAAGAAAAUUGGAGGAUUUGCUUUUACAUCGUCCUAAUGGUCAUCCUCUUGGCAGCCCUGAUCGCCAUUAUUCUCGCCGUCGUGAUCAGCUCCUCCGGAAGAGGCGACGCGGAAGAUGGCAGCGGCACGACGCGGGGUCAUGCCGCGGGGUCUGGUGGUGGCACGGCGGCAGGAACUCCACCGCCGCAACAUCGGGUGACUCCUGCGCCAGAGACCACGACGGAGGCGACCACGACGGAGGCGACGACGACAACGGAACAGCGUGAGACGAGCACGGCUGCCGGAGAAUCAGCCGUAGCGCCCUCUGCCCGACCGUUCGUGGCGUGCACGGUAGGCGUCCAGGGCGUCCUACGUUCGGCCUAUCCUCUGCGCGAGCGACUGUGUGACGAGUACAUCUUCACCGAGGUUGCAGUGGACCACAGUGGAUUCUGGUCGCGCACUAGCAACGAGGCGUUCAAGCUCUUCAAGGCGGUAGCAUCUGAGCGGCGGCUUAACGACAGCCAAGCGGAGCGGUUCUGCCUUUCACUGUACGACGAUUUCCUGGCACACGACAUGACCUUCCCUGCGGUGGCGUUCUCCGCGAACGCAGCUGAUCUGCACAAGGACAGCGGCAUUUCCUGCUAUGGCCUGCUCAACCAGGUGCACAGCAUCAGCGCACUGGCUGGCUUGGACGCGCUGCGCCAAUCGCUCAAGACCAUCAAGCGUGUCCUGGAGCAGCAUUUCCCCGCAGAAAACCGCCUAUUUCUGGGCCUCGGAUUCCCGCCGAACGAGACUUUCGACAAGGAUUCGGCCACUGCACUGUUUGAUUUCGUGAAGGAAAUCCGGGCUGACGAACUGAUCUUGGUGACGCACGUACUCAUGGCGGAGCAGUGUCGAACCAAGCCAUCAAGCAGCUGGAUGCCGCAUGACUACGGCCAAGGUACCGCCACUGCAAUUAGUUCCGUGGUGCAGCUGGUGAAGCUCGGCUGGGAUGGCCAGCUACCGCUGGCACUUUCCCUGACGCUAGCCGUGCACGCGUACUGGCCCGCCGUAGGGUCGCAGACGCUGGGCGACGACUGCGAGCAGGAACGUCCUCUGGCGUUGGAGAGCGUUUGCGCCGAGCCCACGACGUACGACGCGGCCGACAUGACCGUGAACGCGGUGAUGCUCCGCGGUGCAGUGCUGCUCGCCUACGAGGACUCGCGGAGCGUCCGCGAAAAGGUGCGUGAGCAGCGCUCCCGUGUGCGCGACGGGCCGCGAUGUGCUGUGGUGUGCCAGGAAUAUUAA